UUCCCUUUCCAGACUGGAAAGCCCCCUGUUGGGAUAGCAAGAAGGAAGUGACCUACAGCUCUUCCAGUCCACCCAGGACCUUGGGCAGAGCCUACAGCUCAAGGGUGCAUCUAUUGGGGAGGCAGCUGUGAUUUGAAAACCUUGUUUCCUUGGGUGACUGAUUCCAGAGGCCGUGGAUGAGUGCUGGGUGCAACCCCACCCGAAGGCUGAGAGCCUGGGGGGUCCUGGCUGGAGGUGCAGCACUCAUAUCCCUCUGGCUCCUUUGGUUACUGGGAUCAGGUCCUGGAGGUGCCCCAGUGCCUCAGCCCACAGUUACCAUCCUUAUCUGGCACUGGCCUUUCACCAGCCGGCCUCCAGAACUGCCUGGUGACACCUGCACUCACUAUGGCAUGGCCAGCUGUCGCCUGAGUGCUAACCGGAGCCUACUAGCCAGUGCAGAUGCUGUGGUCUUCCACCACCGUGAACUGGAGACCCGGCAAUCUCAUCUGCCCCUGGAUCAGAGGCCACAGGGACAGCCUUGGGUCUGGGCCUCCAUGGAAUCACCCAGUAAUACCCAUGGUCUCCAUCGCUUCCGAGGCAUCUUCAACUGGGUGCUGAGCUAUCGGCGUGAUUCAGAUAUCUUUGUACCCUAUGGUCGCUUGGAGCCCCUCUCUGGGCCUACACCCCCACUACCGGCCAAAAGCAGGAUGGCUGCCUGGGUGGUCAGCAAUUUCCAGGAACGGCAGCAGCGCGCAAGGCUGUACCGGCGCCUGGCCCCUUAUCUGCAGGUGGAUGUGUUUGGGCGUGCCAGUGGACGGCCCCUGUGCCCUAAUUGUCUACUGCCCACUGUGGCCCAGUAUCGCUUCUACCUGUCCUUUGAGAAUUCACAGCACCGAGACUACAUUACUGAGAAGUUCUGGCGUAAUGCUCUAGCAGCUGGUGCUGUGCCUGUGGUUCUGGGACCUCCUCGAGCCACCUACGAGGCUUUUGUGCCACCAGAUGCCUUUGUGCAUGUAGAUGACUUCAGCUCAGCCCGUGAGCUGGCUGUCUUCCUUGUCAGCAUGAAUGAGAGUCGCUAUCAUCGCUUCUUUGCUUGGCGAGACCGGCUCCGUGUACGGCUCCUAGGUGACUGGAGGGAACGCUUCUGUGCCAUCUGUGCCCGCUACCCUUAUUUGCCCCGCAGCCAGGUCUAUGAAGACCUUGAAAGCUGGUUCCAGGCUUGACCUCCUUCUGCUGGGAGAGGAUGUGUGUGUGGAAGACUGAUGUUGAAACCAAAGAGCUGGACAUCCAGCCUCUUGGGUCACCAAGGAACUAACCUGAGCCUUGGGUCAGUGAACAGAAAGGAUAUGAGAGGAGCAAACUGGGCUGGAGAAGCCAUCUGGAUAAGGAAGCUGGUGGGCCCUAAGUAGGGAUCCCAGAAAAGAGGCAACAGCAUGGAGGGGGUUAAUUAGGAGCAUAUCGCACAAGCUAAUCAAACAGGAAAGGCAGCUGAGCACCCCUGACUUACCUUGAACAUAUCCAUGGUUCAAGGCUAGAUGAAAUGGGGAGGCAGUAUCUCUGGGGCUGGGAACAUCCAAGGCUGUGAUUAGUGGGGCCCUGAACCUCCACAAUCACGGUGCUAGAGGGAUGUAGGACCAUAUUCUAUAUCUGGGUGCAGACCAUGAGCUGAGCCUGGGGUGUGUGAGAAAGGGCAGUGUGGCUGAUUCUGGGCUUUGGGCACCACAGUCCCCUCAGGGAAAGAGGCACCACUAAUAAAGACACUAACACAAAUCUCCUGGGUCAAGUCUGCCAGGCAGCCACGAACACCAGCCAGCCUCCACUGCUUCUUCCCUCCAUCAGCCAUUGGGGUUCUUGUUUCUGCCCAAGAGACUUGCUUAAGUUGCACCUUACCAGGAUCCCUUUACUCCCCUCUCCAAAGCCCAUGGCACAGACAGGUGUAGGACCUGUAGUCAGACAUAUCUGGGGCUGGCGGUACCACAUGUCGUAGAUCUCAGGUUGGAGGGGGUCCUAUGUGACAUGGCCCCAUUUAUGAUGGCAGGUAGAGAACAUUCGUGAGGGGAUUCAAUGAAGAUCUUGCUGCAGAAGAAGCAUCUAUGUUGGGGAUGAGGAGAGGAGAUGAGGGGCUGUGUCUGAUAGGUUGAGCUUCUGGGUUAGGUUGAGCUCCUGGGUUGGGUCUUGGGUUUGUCCGUGCCUUGGGGGUGGGGUGGCAGGGCAGGCAGGAAGCUCCCCUCCCCCUGUGGUUUGUGGGAAAGGCCUGCCCAUGGCUUCCUGCCCUGAGCCAGCCCCAUGUGCUCACUGGGGAGAAGGAAGUGUCCUGAGGCUAGAGGUGGGUGGGGCUUUGUGUCCUCUCCCAUGAACCCAGGAGUAACCUCUCCUCAGAGAAAGAGCUGGAAAGUGGGGGGAAGCUUUAGCCCUCAAGGUUUUCAUCCACUUUAAGAGCAACCUGCAUGUCGCCGGCACACAGCCUCCACCCUCCUUUCACAGGUGGGAAAAAGCCAAGCUGGUAAGCAGCCGGCAAACACCACCCACAGGAUUUUUCCAUUGCUGGCGCUAGUGGUCCUCUGCUGCCCCCUGCCGGCAUAUGGAGAAAUUAGUCCUGCAACAGUAUCGUUAGGCCCACCAAAAUAAACAUCAGGCUUCAUGUGCAGAAAGCAGCCAGGCUUACAUGGGUAUGUAUGGUGUGGUGUGGGGUAAACCACUUAUGCUGGGGACAGCCUGUCUUCCGGCUGUACUCCCUCACUGCUCACAGCUGCAGUAUGGGUAGGGUGGUUGAGGCAUGAUCUGGCAGCCACAUUGGAUGACUGGAAUAAAUCUCACACUUAUGAUGCCUCAGCACCAUUUUUUAAUAUAAGCCUAACCUUACCAGGCCAGAAUUGGGGCUCUCUCACCUUUAGCAGUUUCCAGUUAUGCACUCUCAACCCUUCAUAUGGCAUGUCUACUAUUUGUGCCUGGCUGACGUUUCUGCUGCCCAGACUGCUGAGCUGCUCAUCUGCGUGGAAAGCACAGAUAGGCUGCAGUUACCAACUCUCAGAGGCCUGUGCAACUUCAGCUUUCUUGUUCUAAACUCAGUUAAAACUCCCGAGAAGCCUGUUUGGAUGACAUCCUGGGCCCCAAAACAGCUUAGCCCACAGCUGUCUCCAUCUGCAUGCUGUGGAUGUGUAUCACUUCCAGGCUCUGUAAAGCAAAAUUCACUUCCACUGUGUCUCUCCUAACCACUUAAAGUGCUCAACUUUGUGUAUGUGUGUUUUAGACAGUCUCAUGUAGCCUAGGCUGGCUAUAAUCAAGAAUAACUCCUGAAGUCUUGAUCCUCUGGCCUCUGCCUUUCUGGCGCUGGGAUUACAUGUGCAUGGUUGCUCUCUAUUAUUUUAUUAAGAUAGUAUCUCUCUAUGUAUCUCUGGCUGGCCUGGAACUCUCUGUGUAAACCCGGCUGAACUUGUACUCCAGAUACCUGCCUGUUUCUGCCUCCUAAGUGCUGAGGUUAAAGCUGAGCUGCCAUGCUCUGCUGUUGCCCUCCAUUUUGA